UUUAGUGUGCAUUUUGCGCGAUAUCGAAGAGCCGAACGGACGCGCAAGGAACUAUAGGAAGCGCGAGCAAACAAACGCGAUAACUUUAAAAGUUUACGCGUUGUUCGUUUUGUUCGGGCCGAAUAAGUUCGAUCGAGUUUUGGUAACCCGCGAUGGACAUUUUUUGAUUUUGCAUCUUUUACAAGACGAGUACGCUGAUACAAAAAUAAAGCGUUGACGCGAUUCCGGUCGAAAACUACACUUGCGCGAAAAUGAGCCAUUGUCAUCCGGAUAAUUGCCUCCCGCCGGAAGCAAGGAAAACUUGAGAUAGCCGUUCAGCUUCGUUCAACCGACAUGAACUUGAGUGUCACCGCCACGUCUUUAAACCAAAAUUUUCCCGAAGUGACCGCCGUCGAAAACAAUACUUUGUUUAAUGAUAACGACAGUCUACUACCGUCGUACAUUCCUUAUAACCAAAGACCAGAAACUUAUUUCGUUCCAGUACUGUUCUUUUUAAUAUUGGUGGUCGGUGUCGUCGGCAAUGGAACCCUGGUGGUUAUUUUUUUGCGACACAGAACGAUGAGGAACGUCCCCAAUACAUACAUUCUCUCGUUGGCGCUGGCCGACUUGUUGGUAAUAAUUACGAGCAUGCCCUUUACGUCAGUCAUCUACACGGUGGAGUCGUGGCCUUGGGGGGAGCUAAUUUGUAAAGUGUCCGAAACCGCAAAGGACGUUUCCGUGGGAGUAUCCGUUUUCACGCUCACGGCCCUCUCCGGAGAUCGCUUUUUCGCUAUCGUGGACCCGUUGAAAAAGUUCCACACGAGCAGUGGCGGAAAAAAAGCAACCAGGAUAACAAUUUGCAUUGCGAUACUAAUAUGGUUGUUGGCGAUACUUUGCUCAAUUCCGGCUCUGAUAGGGUCCCACAUAAAGGAAAUAAGGGACGACGAGGGCGUGUUGCAGUUCGAAGUCUGCUAUCCCUUCCCGGAGGAUUGGUUAAAUCACGCUUAUCCCCAAGUCAUGGUCAUGAUGAAGUUUCUCAUUUUGUACAUUAUUCCGUUGACCAUUAUCGCCGUAUUUUACCUCACCAUGGCUGUGUAUUUGAUAUUAAGCACCAAAAAUGUACCCGGUGAGAUGCAGGGCAUGCAACGACAAAUUAAAGCCCGCAAGAAGGUAGCCAUAACAGUAUUAGUAUUCGUCGCAGUUUUUGCAGUCUGCUUUGCGCCAACACACACGUUCAUGUUGUUCUUCUACUUCCACGAGAACGCCCAAGAACUCUACAACCCAUUUUGGCACUAUUGGAGAAUAUUGGGCUUUUGUUUGGGAUACAUACAUUCCUGCGCAAAUCCGGUCGCCCUCUACUUCGUCAGCGGAGCGUUUAGAAAACAUUUCAACAGAUACCUCUUGUGCAUCAAAGCAAAGCGGUCCAGGUGCAAUACAUGUCAAGGUCAAAACGCCACCACCAUGUCGAUGGUAUCGACAAAACGUUCUCAGUCGAUAAAUAGAAAGCCCCAAAACUUGUCGGUUAUGCGCCGCGGUAAUUCAAUACCCAUGCAGGAGACGUCCGUUUCCCUUUUAGGCAACGGCAACAAUCACAUCGGCAGCAAAAUAUGAAAUAUUCCGUUUUGAAGGUGAAAUUGGGAUUUCUUCAAUGCAAUAAACCAAAAAUUCUCCAAUCCAGUAAAUAAAUAGGUAAAUUAACUAAAAGAGAAUAGUAAAUCAAUAUGUUGUAGCGCCAAUUUUGGUUGCUCAGUCGUUUCGUUUUGUGGGAAUGUCAUGUUCAUCAAACCAUGUCUCGUCAAAAUAAAUUGUUAGAAACUUUAUCUCGCCAUAUUUUACCUAACGAUUAUGCAAUUAUUAGUUAAGUGCCGAUUCUUAAGAACAUAAAUCCUAAGAAAAUUUAAUAUCAACGUGCCAUUUGUCCACAACUUAGUAUUUCUAAACAAAGACAGUGGUUGGAAUCGUCGUCGUUGGAUCAAAUUUCAUUUGAUCAUUUAAGACUAACUUUCUUCAGUGAAAAGAUGUGAAAAAGCCAAAAAUUUAUUUUUCUUCAGUUCAUCGAGACUGCCCUGUACCUCUAAAGUAAAGAGUUUGAAGACAUAUUUGAUUUUAACAUUUUUUUCUAGAUAUUAACACCCUUAAAUAUAACUAAUAAUAUCCUAUAGAGACAAUUUCUAGAAUCAGACCUGUAUUAAAGGUGUUACCGAUUUUAUUGCAUUAAAGAAAUUAACCAGUAUUUUGCUGUUGACGAUGGCGAAUGCAUAAUUUUUUAUGUAUUGCGUCGAGACUCAGACAUGUGGAUUUAUUUAAAUUCAGACACCGUUUAACAAAAAAACGUCCUGAAAUUCCUAAUUUUGCACAGAACUUUCCGAACUACCGUCAGUUGUAUUGAAUUACUUGUACUAAAAAUUCUUCUUAUUCGCCAAACGCUAACUCAGUUUUCUCGUACGUCG